GCUCGCGCACUGCGAGUCUGACAGUUUUCAGAUGAUCAAUUUUUGAUCAGGUGACAUAUUUUCGUUGUUCUGGGCAGGCGAUUUUCAGAAAACCAUACAUUAACGAUGGCUCUAUUGUCCGCUGUGAAGGGAAAGCUCAUCUCCGUCAUCGGUGAUGAGGAUACUUGCGUUGGUUUUCUGCUGGGAGGCAUCGGCGAGAUCAACAAAAAUCGUCACCCCAACUUCAUGGUCGUCGACAAGAAUACCGCGGUCAGCGAGAUCGAAGAUUGCUUCAAGCGUUUCAUCAAGCGCGACGACAUCGACAUCAUCCUGAUCAACCAAAAUUACGCGGAAAUGAUCCGUCACGUGAUCGAUGCGCACACCUCGCCAACCCCGGCCGUGCUGGAGAUUCCUUCAAAGGACCAUCCGUACGAUGCCAGCAAGGAUUCGAUUCUGCGACGUGCCAAGGGCAUGUUCAAUCCGGAUGAUAUGGUGGCCAACCGUGGUUAACUUAAUCUUCCGCCUGAUAAUAGCAGGCUGUUUAUUGUUUGUUGCUUAUUUUCCGGUAAAUGUGGUACAUACAUCUAUUAGAUCAAUAAAAUCAUUCCGUGUGUAAUCGUGUAAACAA